AUGCACAAGUAUAAUGAGGACCGCCUUAACGAUUCGUCACGGAGUGAAAGCUUUGUCGGCAGCUCCACCAGUGGUGACAGCUACAAGAAUGGUGUCAAGCAGUUCGGAUUCCACACAGUGACGUGCUGCGGGUUUAUUCCUCAACCAAAUGACUGGUGCGAUGAUUGGGCGGCAUUUUUCGUCAGAAACCGACUGAAGGUCCAGGUUGAUAUGUUGAUUGAGAAAGGAGCGAGAGAUGUGUUAUCUCUUUGGCCAGAACUAGAGAGAAAAGUAACAACGCUCCUCGCGCCAUGCGCCGGUGUGGUGCCAGCACUGGUGCACGGUGACUUGUGGGGUGGCAAUUGGUCCAGUUGCAGUGAUGGUCCAGUGCAUUCUUGCGAUCCAGAAUUCGAACAAGGCAUCAUGAAUAUGUUUGGCGGGUAUGGAAAAGAUUUUUGGGCGGCUUAUCACAAAGUGCUGCCGAAAAGACCGGAUAGGGAAAAACGUGUGCUCAUAUACGAGCUAUUCCAUCAUCUAAACCAC